ACAGAGGCGGCGGAGGUUAAAAUGUUAUGCGGUAUGCAUUUAUAAUCAACAAUAUAUACACGCAGAUGCUCGGUGGACAUUUUGCCAGAUAUGACAAGCUACAAACAUCCUGAUAUCUUCACAAUGAUCGACGGUGUUCGAAGCCUUCCAGGCUUAUCAAGCACAUGGUUUGGAUACUUAAAAACUCUUCCAGUAAAAGCAGAUCGAGAUGUGUUCAUUGUAUCCUACCCAAAAUCAGGUACUUCAUGGACAUCAGAAAUAAUGUGGCAAAUCUACCACGAGGGGAAGAUAGAUUACAACUCGAUUCAUAAUCGCGUGCCGUACACGGAAAGUACCCCCCUCGAGCACAACUUGGACACAAAUGAAAAACUGGUGGAGUUUUUCCUGAAUCAUCCUCAGCCGCGUAUUUUCAAGUUUCACCUGCCGUAUCAUCAAGUACCCAUGGGUGAUGAUGCCGAUGAUAAACCCAAGUACAUCUACGUGUUACGGAACCCAAAAGACGUAGCAGUGUCGUUUUACUAUCACUAUAAAGGCUUCAAAAUAUUUGGAUUUGCGGAUAGAACAUGGGAUGAGUUCUUUGAAAUGUUUAUCAAUGAUCAAG